ACUGAAAAUACAUUUAAACUAGUGUUGAUUGAGAAGAAUGUACCAGAAAUUCAGUUUAAAGGGUUUGAGUGCAUUUCCAUGCUAUUAUUAUUUUAAUAAAUAGUUUUCAUUGCAAAAAUGCUCUUUUGUUUAAAAUUCAACAUGGGUAGUCAGAGCAUUCAUUAAUAACUGCAAAUUUUACACACUAUUCGCGCAAUAAAUAAAUCAGUACAUGUUAUUUUUUUCACAGUGCGACGAAUUGGAUGCUUUCAGAAAAGUGGCUGUGUGGUCCAGUGGUUAAAGAAACGGCCUUACCUGGAGUUCCCCGGUUCAAAUCACAACUCAGCCACUGACUCGUGUGACCCUGAGCAAGUCAUUCCUUGUGCUCCGUCUUUUGGAUGAGACGUUGUUGUAAAACAUCUGAUACCAUGAACCCUGUUUACAGCCCAGCACCUUCAGGGGUCCCCUAUGCAAAUCCAAAAGGAAUUGGAUAUCCAGCUGGUUUCCCAAUGGGCUAUGCAGCUGCACCUGGCUACUCUCCUAAUAUGUACCCCGGUGCAAACGCAGCCUUUCAGACAGGGUUUGCCCCUGGCACACCGUAUAAAGUCUCCUGCUCUCCCACUACUGGGGCAGUGCCACCAUACUCCUCAUCACCAAACCCCUACCAGACAGCAAUGUACCCGCUCCGAAGUGCCUAUCCACCACAGAACCCAUACGCACAGCAAGGUGCCUACUACACACAACCUCUGUAUGCAGCACCACCCCAUGUAAUUCACCACACCACAGUCGUUCAGCCCAAUGGUAUGCCUGCGGCCAUGUAUGCUCCUCCUAUCCCACAACAUAGAGCUAAUGGUGUUGCCAUGGGCAUGGUAGCUGGGACCACUAUGGCAAUGUCAGCUGGUAUGAGCACUUUGUUGACAACCCAUUCCCCAUCUCCUGUAGCUCCUCAUCAAGUUACGAUGCCCACAUACAGGCCUCCAGGGACACCUACUUAUAGCUACGUGCCCCCGCAGUGGUGAUCAGUCUGGCAGUGUUUAAAGAUGGUAGAUAUGCAUUCAGUCAAGUAUUGUACACUUGGUGCUGAUGCCCUUAUGCCUCUGACCCAGGACUCCUUCCUUCCAAAAGAAAAAAAAUACACAAAAAAAGAAGAAACUUCCAGUGCUCAACACUUUGCCAACACUCUACCAAAAACCCAAAUCAAUGAAGUCGUGGUAACCCACAUCCGCAUAUCUUACCUCUUCCAACUCCGCCAUUACCGAAACAAAACAGACAAAAUGGUCUUGUCGCAAAAUUGUGUUUUGUGUACUUUCUUGCAGUUUUAUAGCUAACCUAUCAAAUAAAAAAGGGAGUAUAAAUUAAUUUGGAUUCGUAUCUAGUUGAAUGCAUGUUUUUUAAAAAUAAAACUAAAAAUUAAAUGCAGUGCUUGCUCAGCUACCUGCAGUGACUGAUGCAAAACCGUCAUGUGCGAAAUCCAAAGGAAUUGAAGUUCAACAAAAUAAUUCUGCAACCCAGUAUCCCUAUUGCAGUGUCUUAACUUAAUAUAUAAAAAAAUGAACCUACUGAAAUAGAGCAAUUGUGUAUAAGUGGAUUUCGAUAUAAUGAAAAACUCUCUAACUUUGGAUACAUACUACAGUAUAAAUAUUAUUAUUUGUUUGAGUUAGUCCAGAUGGGCACAGUUUUUAUUUCAUUGGGUGAUGUUAUCAUUUUAGAGAUUUUUGGAGGGUGCCUUUAGGGCAAACUGGGGAUUCUGUCUGGCAGGCUGUAUAUUAAGCCAGAACUGUCUUAGCAUUUACUUUUGUGUUGAUUUGUCAGUGUUAUGAAUGCAGAUGUUAGUGAUGUGUUGCGUGCAGGGUGCAAAAAAAAAAAAAAAAUGCAUGGCCAGGUUUAGGACCUUGGAACAACAUGGAGCUGUGAACGGUCCUGCCCAUUUCACUUUAUUUUCUUUUUAAAUAUUGCAAAAUAAAUACUAAAACAGCCAUGCAACAGAAAACAGUUCGCACAGAGCCCAAAGUAAGAAAUAUUGUAACGGCUACUUUGUUUUAAAAUGAAGAUGGGACUUUUUUUUUAGUCAGAGAGUUGAUUUUUAAAGUACCGGAAUGGGUUAAAACCAUUUUUUCCAGCUUCUAAAUUUGGAUUCUUAUUUCAGGGAUUUUAUUUCUGCUGAAACUGAGUUUAAAACCACAAAGCAAUAUGGGGCAAUAACUGAACAAGCAAUAUAACUUCAUAACCUAUACAUUAGUGCUCUCCCCUACACCACACCUAAAAAAUGGAAUUUUGAAAUGGUAACCUCCAUCUGUGAUUCUGUUUUUAUAUCCCCAAAUAUCACAGCAAAAGUAGCUGUCUAUACAUCAUGACUUGCUAUUGGGAUCUCAAACAUGGCUACAUGGUCAUCCACAAGGUUGAUGAGGAUCAAAUUGAAAGUUUAUUUUUCUUGAAAGGGAACAGACAAUUUUUGUUAGUUUUGUUUGUGUGUUUUUACAUUCAGUUGAACAAAUUGGUCAGAAUGUUUGUCAGUUGAUGCUUUUAAGACUUAGGUCUGCUGGACCUUAAGCAUUUGCAUAUAGCUCAUACAUUUAUCUUCCUACACAAGCCUGUAAUGGGGCAUACAUUUAUAUUUAUAUGCAGCAGUUAACGUAAGUCGAUUGGUUUUAUAUGGUGGUAGAUUAAGGUAGUAUGUGUAAUGCGUUUCCACAGUCUCCAAGACUAGUUCUUUCACCAUUAACACUGUCACAUUGGCACUAAGAGAGCACUGUCCCAGUGGCCCUUCGUGGUUGCAGCAUGGUUAGCCGUGUUUUGUGUGGAAUCUUCCUCAGAAAUAUUACCUGCAAUACCUGCUAUGUAGAAUAUAGCAUUAUGCCAGCCUGCAACAGGAAAACGCACCAAAUCACUUUUUAAAUGAUUAUUUAAAGGUAAAAUGGGGAGUUACAACUAAUUCUUGUUUAGUUUAAAAUUGGCACAGGAAAAGUAUACUUUUAAGUUUUGUUUUAUUUUAUAUAUAUAUAUAUAUAUAUAUAUAUAUAUAUAUAUAUAUAUAUAUAUAUAAAUUUUUAAUUGAAUAUGUUUUAACUUCACAAAGCAUUUUCUUUUUAAUUCUAAGAUGGAACUUCUGCAUGAUAUAGUAAAGUAUUGUUCGCAACCUAUAAAUGUAAAGGGCCUGAUUCGUGACAAUCAAAAUAGCUUGCUAUCUGAGGCUGCUGGAAAAUUGGGUCCCAUUUUACAAUUACUAUUUAUUUUAUAUGAGACCAGUGCAGUACAUGGUGGAAAUUGUUCAAACAGUACCAAAAUACACUGCAGUAUUUAAACAUCUCAGUAUAGAAGGUCAGCAGGCAUUCCCUAUACAUAUAGCUGUACCAAAUGCAUCACUUCAAGACCAGACACGUGUUAGCAAUAUUAAUUGUUGGAGCUAUGGGGUUUGUUUAGCUGCAUCAUCGUCCUUCACUAACCCAGACCUUUAACACUGCAGCCUUCUACCAUCACUUGUCUGUAUGCCAUAGGUAAAGUGCAUACUAACAGUGUCUAGGGAAGCAUUUUACCUGUAAAGCGCACAAGACUAGAAAAUAUGAAAUAUUUCAUAAGAAAUGAUAAAAUUCUGACUGACUUGUAAUAAACUGGCAAAAACAUUGACUUACAUUUUGAUUGUUUUUUUGUAUUUUUUUUUUCAUGGUUUUAUUUUACAAUUCUAUUUGACAAGCACAGUACAUUAGUGCUUGAAAAUCAUUGCGCGUUUAUUUUUAUUAUCGAGCCUGACAAAUACAGAGAAAAUGACAUUUUGACUUGAGCAAAGUUGCUACUCUUUGUAAUUGGGAUCAAAUCAUUGCACCCUUUUGUAUUUGGCAGCUAUAAAAGUGAUUUUAUCCAUUUUUUCCCCGUGGAAACUAGAACAGUUUACUUUUUGAACACAUCUACAAGGCCCUUGCUUGUUUCCAACUUCAUAGAACUGAAAUUGCAUUGUCGAUCCCCAAUAAUGAAGACUAAGAGAUUAGUGUUGGGGAUUAACAGUGUUUCAAUAUGUCACUUUGUUUAUGAUUUAUUUUAUAGUGAGUGAGACCGCAGAAUCCAGGGCUGUGCUGAGGUACUUUCUGGUCUAAAAGACCACUAUGUUUCAACAGAACUGUCUCCCAUUUAACAGCUUUUAUAUCCAGUGCUGUUGAAAGUCAGAACCAGCAGGUGGCACUGUUUCAUGAGAAAUAUGCUACAGGGGUCUUAAAAAAAUAAAAAAAUAAAAAUAAAAUCAUCAAAUCCUAGUUUUCUGGUUUUGAGGUUUUCUGACACGUAGAGCACUUUAGAUUGAGAUAAUGAAACUGGUAAAACCUAGGAACUGCAACAACGUAUUCUUAGGUGCUUUUCUGAACAUUGAGGAUACCUAACAAAUGUCACCUCCUUAUGUUGUGUACCUGAAAGCAAUACAUAGCAACCGAUACCUAGUUAAAUAUUAAGGGACGUGUCUGUUUCAGUCUUAUUUGUGAUUAUUUUGCAAAGUGUUCCUUAACUGCAUCGAUAAAUAGGUACAUUUAUCUCUGUCAUUGUGUUUGAAUAUACAAAUGUUUUAUAAUUUUGAAUUUUAGUGAGUUGUGUUUUACCAACCCCAAAACUACUGGCUUCUGUGUGCACAUUUUUUAGAAUCAGCUAAAGGGGGUGGGAGGUUUUGUAUUUCAGAUGUCCAAAGAACCCUCUUACUGGUACAGGUUUUGAAAUACUACCUGUUAAAGAAGCAAAUGCAACAAUAACACUAAUGUUAUCUGGUGAUUUAUGCUUACAGCAGUAUUGAUACUCAAAAAAAAAAAAAAUAAUAAUAAUAAUAGUUCGACCAGCAAGCAAGCCUGAUGCUGGUCUUUAAGACAGUGGCAUUUACAGGGUGUCUGAGCUAAAGACAGUCUUGGCGUGAAGCACCUUUUUUGGUACUGUUGCUGUUGCCAAUAGGUAAACUGACUACAUUUAACAAUCGACAAAUCAACCUGCUGUUACAGCUGUGUCUGUCCUUCAAUGUCUGUGGAGAUGGUUAGGGACUGCAUUUGCAGGUGUAGUUUAUUGAACUGUUGCAGUAUGAUUUUCUUUAAAGACAUUGAAGCAAACUAAGAGGGGGAGGUUAUUGCUUGAUUUGUCCAAGUCAAAUAAUAUAUGUAGGUCCUGAAAACCUUGGCACAUGAGAGCUUCUGAAACACAAGCCUCCCGGUUCUCCUUAUCCCAUUGUUAUUUCAAAUAAACUUAUUUAUUUGUCAGUUUUCCCCCCCUUUUUUAUGAUGUAUGCAGCACUAUGCUUAAAGAGCAAUUGUUUUGGUAAUUUCUUUUAUUUAGUUUAGGUCAGUGUUGUCUUCCAAAUAAAAAGAUUUAAAGCAUAAGUGAUUUUGACUUUUCAUUCUGAGCCAGUUCAAUUAUGUGUAAAUUCAUGUUUUUUUUCUUCUUUUUUAUUGUUUAAACAAUCUGUUCAGUGGAUGAGUUCAGAUUUAAAUUCUAAAGGCACGUUUAUUGUAACAAAAAAGUUAUGUAUUAAUACUUAAAUUUUCAAUAAAGAUUGACGUGUGUUGCUUAUUUGGA